AUGCCACGACGUCGCGGGGAAUAUACACUUUCUAAAUCAACAUCAUUCACUAUUUUUCCUGUUGUUAAUGCUUCUGAUAAAGCAUUUUAUUCGGCUAAAAAUACUGAUAAAAAGUUAUGUAAGGCUAAAAUACGCCUAAAUGUGACAAUUGCGCCUGAUCAUAUUAGUGAUCAAUAUGAAGAGGAGCAACAGCAAUCACCAUUAUCAUCUGUUAACAAGUCAUCAUAUCACCAUCAAUUAAUACAACAAAGGGAAAAAAUCAAAAAUGUUUGUAGUCGAGAAUCGCUGCAAUUUUUUCCUCGAGAUUUUCCCAAAGAUUAUCCUAUACCACAUGAGUAUAUAUCUAAUAGAAAUAGACGACAAUUGCGCACAACUAGCCAUGAUUCAUCAUUUCGUAAUUCAUUAAAAUAUUCAUUUGAAAAGAUGAAAUUACGUGCUACAAGCCAAAAAUAUGCUAAACAUGAAAAAAUGAAAUCUUCCGGACAAAUGGAUAUGAUGCCGAAUUUGUUAAUGGAAAUGGAGCGAAAUGGUUCAUCCGGAAAAAAUUCUUGGAGAAAAGCGAAAAAAGUACAUAGAAGUAAAAGUGAUGCAUUUGUUAAUAGCCAUGAAUGGACAUUAUGUCGUGGUGUUGCUGAGCUCAAAUUGGGACUUGUUGGAUCGUUGCAUAGCGGAAAAACAUCACUUGUACAUCGCUAUUUAACUGGUGCUUAUACAAACGAAGAAUCACCUGAAGGUGGUCGUUUCAAGAAGGAAGUGGUACUUGACGGUCAAAGUUAUUUAUUACUUAUACGUGACGAAGGAAGUGCUCCACCUGAUUAUCAGUUUGCGCAGUGGGUGGAUGCAAUAAUUUUUGUAUUUUCAUUGGAAAGUCAAGAAAGCAUUGAAACUGCAUUGCACUAUUACGAACAAAUGGCUAAAUAUCGAAAUAUUAAUGAAAUACCAAUAAUGAUGGUAGCAACACAGGACGCCGUGACAGAAUCAAAUCCACGUGUAAUUAAUGAACACGAAGGACGUCAAAUGGCAAAAAAUUUACCAAAAUGUUCAGCGUACUAUGAAACGUGCUCAACGUAUGGUUUAAACGUGGAUCGCGUAUUUAAAGAUGCAUGUCAAAAAAUUCUUCAACAACGAUUACGAUUAUUGGGUAGUUUUUCGAGUAAUGCAAGAACACCAACACCAACAAGAAUAACAACAACAACAACAACAACAGCAGCAGCAACAACUACAACAACAACAACAGCAACGACAAUAACAUCAACAACAACAACAACAACAGCAUCAACUUUUCAUAGUAAUAGCUGCAGUGAUUAUCGAAACAGUAAUUAUCAGGAUUUGACAUAUUCAAACGGGUGUAAUACUAAAAGUGCAUCAUAUUAUCAUCAACGAUCGAUAUCAGCAUUACCUUUACAACAACAACAACAACAGCAAUAUCAAAGUGGUAGUGGUACAGGAUCAGGUGGAUAUUAUGGAAAUGGUAUUCAUUAUUCAUCCAAUAAUCCGAUGCAAUUGCCAACCAAUUAUAUUUAUCAUCGAGAAAAUUCCACAGUAAAUGCUGGAAUUCAUGGUAGUGGUACAGAACGAUCGAUGUCUGCUUUUGUAAUACCAUCCGUAACAACAACAAUAACAACAACAGCAGCAACAACAACAACAACAACAACACAUUUGGCCAAAAUGCAAAUGCAGAUGCAACGUGCCGCACCGUAUGCAUCCAGUAGUAAUAGUAGUAGUAAUGGUUAUGGUGGUAGUAGUGGUGGUAAUACAGCAGGAUAUCCGGUAUCAUCAAGUCAUAUCGGUUCAAAUGGUUGUACAUCUGGUAGUAAUGAUACGUCACAUUUUCAAUCUUCACCCCGAGCAUCAAUCAUGAAUUCUGGUCAAACUGAUCAAGCGUUAUUUGUCAAAGAUGAAGCAUUUGACAAUCAGUUACUAUUACAAUCACCUGCAGUAGCAACAACUUCAUCCACUCAUCUAUUGACGCCGUUAUCCACUCCAACAACGCAGCGAAGAAAUCGUCGAAUUUCCAAUUUAUUUCAGCGGCCUAAAGAUCACGGACACGAUGAUAAAUCACAUCGAUCAGUAGCUGAGAUUAGUAUGGGUAUGGGUCGGGCUAUACCGGUUAAACAAGGUCAUUUGUACAAAAGGAGUAACAAAACAUUGAAUAAGGAGUGGAAAAAGAAAUAUGUUUGUCUUCAUUCCAAUGGUCGUCUUUCUUAUCAUCAGACUUUAAAAGAUUAUAUGGAAAAGGAUACAAAUGGGAAAGAAGUAUUUUUGGGAUUAGCAACAGUACGUAUUGCUGGACGUCAAAGGCCACGAAAUACACAACGUAUUCAAACGCAAAUAAUUUCUGGAUCUGGCCGAGAUAAUCAACUUCUUAAGGAUAUUGGUUGUAAAAAAGAAUUGCAUGAUUCAAAUGUAGUGCGAGUUGGUGUUGCAAGUACAAGCGAUGCUAAUGUUUCGACUGGUCAAGAUAAUAAAGCUUUCAGUGAUGAACAACAGUGUAUAAAUGGUGAAGGAACGUCUGGUGGUAGUGAUGAUCAACAGCAGAAUGUACAACAUUUAGCUUCAGGUAGUUCAGUUAUAACUACCCCAGUUUCUAUUACUACUAGUGCAAGUAAGAAAAAGAAAGGCCAUCGUCGACUUGGAUCAGCCGCUAAAAAUGAUGAAGAAGAUGAUUGUGAAUUCGAAAUUAUUACUUGUGAUCAGAAACGUUGGGAAUUUUCGGCCACUUCAGUUGAGGAACGUGAUGAAUGGGUUGCUGCUAUCGAAGAGCUUAUUGAGAAAUCGUUGCAAGCUCAAAUGAGUCAAAAACAACAAGAUAGUAGCCGUGGACAUGGAAAUAAAGCUGAAGUACAAGCUUUACGACAGAUACCGGGUAAUGAUACUUGUGCUGAUUGCUGUGCUCUAAAGCCAGAUUGGGCUUCGCUUAAUUUGGGAACAUUAAUUUGCAUUGAAUGCUCAGGAAUUCAUCGAAAUCUUGGCUCACACAUUUCAAAAGUCCGUUCACUUGAUUUGGAUGACUGGCCAAUGGAGUAUUUGAAUGUCAUGGAAGCGAUUGGUAAUAAAAAAGCAAAUUCUGUUUGGGAGCAUAGUGCUCCAUCAGGUAGAAAACCGCAGGCAAGCUCAUCAAGGGAAGAAAAGGAGAAAUGGAUUAAGGUGAAAUAUGAGGGAAAACGUUUUCUUCCACUCAUUACAACCAAUAUACCACUUGGCCGACAACUGCUUGAUGCCGUUUUCAAUAAUGAUCUCGAUGCACUUUUACCAAUUUUACCACGUUGUAGUACUUGUGAUCUUCGAACAACAGUUAAUAUGACUGAUAGGCGUACUGCCUUACAUAUUGCAUGUUCAAAUGCAUCUGCUGCUUGCACUCAACUUCUUGUUUGGUAUAACGCGGAUCUUCGUAUGCUAGACGAAAUGGGUCGUUCGGCAUUGUGGCAUGCACAAACAUCCGGUGCACUAGACUGUGCUGCAAUAUUGCUGAAAGCAGGUUUGGACCCGAAACAUGGCAUUCCGGAUGGACCAGAAAUGAUUACCGGUUCGCUAUCAUCACGUGAUUUCUGCUAUACGAAUGAUAAAUUGCUAACGAAUGAUUCCAAAUUGCAACGGCAAUCAGAUGUUGUUAUGCGGCGAAUAUCACCGGGACAACAGUUAACCGGAACUCCAGCAAGUGUAAAUGGUUUUCAUCGACGGAAUUCAGAUGCUUUCGAACGUUUACCUGCUAGUGUCAUAUAA